CACCUCCCUUUACUCCCCCUCCUGGCUUCCCAUCCCCCGGCUCUCUGUCUCCCACUCUCGCUCCAUCAGCUUCAGGAGCAGGUUAGCUAUAUCUCUCUUUUUAUAUUACAAUCCUCGUCUGUCUGCCUUUUAUUUAACAUGUUUUAUAAUUAUUAUUCUCAACAUCCUUUUCCAUGCCAUCCCUUCGUGUACCUUGCCAGCCGAUUUCUCCUUGCCCCCCCCCGCGUUCUUCCCAUUUUGCAGUCUACCUCCCUCCUCACAUCACUGCAUCUGUCUUUCUCUUUGUACAGUAUAUCUCCAUUUCUCUCACCUUGCCUCCAUCACAUUCUCCAAUUUCCCCAUCAUUCUAUUUUACAUUCCUCUGUUUCGCUAUCCUCGCGUUUCUGUUGCUCUGUUUGUACAUUCCUCUCUUUCUGCAUAGACUGCUCUACUACACCCUUCUCACAUUAUACCAUUUUUUCUCUCUUCAUAAAUCUCCAAUUCCUUCUCGACCAAUAUUCCCUCUCCUCCUUUUCUGAAACCCCAGUCAGUGUGUUUUAUUCACUAACUCUCCCCUUUACAGUCUUAUUUUUCUCAGCUAUUUUACAUCCUUUACCUGUUUUUUUGUCAUAUAUCUGUUUCUCAUGCAUUUCUCUGCUUACAAUAUUAUUUUAGUGAUUUGUGUUUACUUUAAACAUUGGUUUCCUUACCCUCUCAUGUUUAUAGCCCCCACAAACCCCUCUACCUUCAAUUGUUGUUUGUUUGUUUUUUUGCCAUAUUUAUAUAUUUGUUUAAUUUUCUCAUUUGUAUCAUGUCAACCAAUACCUUUUAAAAUCAUAUCUACAUUAGAGUUUUAAUUAAUGUAUUUGCACACAUCUUGAUCUGUGUAUCUAUAUCACAUAUAUAAUAUGUGUGUGUGUAUGGGUGAGUGUGUGUUUACAAGGCUCAAAAUGUGAAAUCGUAUGCUACUAGACAUGUCUUAAAGUUAUUCGCCAAUGCAAGCCAAUAUAUAUAUAUAGCCAACAUAUAUAUACUCACCACACACACACACACACAUAAAAAAAAAGAAAUAAAAUAUAUAUGUACAUAUAAAAUUAUUGCUAUCAAUGUUCUUUUUGCACUCCUUCCUCAUGUACAAAUGUAUGAAUAUAAAGCCCAUUUUCCUCCAUUGAACCCACAGGUCGUGAACCAUAAUCAGAUAUAUGAAUUUCCACCUUCUCAUCCACUUCUUGUCCAUGACCAGAAGAAACACGAAGGGGAAGAGCUAUGUGUCUAUUUUGAGGACAGAUAAACCAAAGGAAACAUCACAUUUGUUGCAUAAUCACGUGAGAUGAAAUCCUAGAAUUCACUGGAAUGUUUUAGGUCAAAGUGUAAACUCAAGAUAGAUUCUGUACCUGUCUGGAGUAAAGAACAUCCACAAAUGGCAAAGAAAAUAUGGCCAAACUGAGCUGAAAAUCAGUCAAACUUUGAGGACUAAAGGUGUUGAAAUUUGAUCUGGACAGAUCACAGAUCUUCAGUUCUAAAUCCAAGCUGGGUUGUGAACAUUAUGUGCCAAAUUUUGUAAGUCAAGUGUAUCUUUUUAUGAAGAAAGUGUACCCUCUAAAACGGUGUGAACCGCAGGCAAUUUAAAAUCCGAAACAUAGCUAAGUGGAGCAAUCCAACUUACGACAUCAGGGUAAAAGUUGUCGAGAUACUAUCAGAGCCUGUUCACAAUAUCUUCUCAGGUUUUUCUACACAGCAGUUUCACAGUGUAAAUCAAUAGGGAAAACAGGAUAAUAAUAUUAAAAACUGCUCUACAACUGUUUCAUUUGUUUCACAGCUUUAUGUGUCUUUCAAUGAAAAAUCGGAGAGGUAUAAUGAAAGAAGACUAAUUGACAAGAAUUUCCUCUUGACCAAGUCAAAUAGAGCCAACAGAACCUACAUAGUUAUUGGAUUCCAUUUCAACUUCCCAAAUUGUACUUGGAACACUUGUGCUUCAAAGUCAUAUUUAUGUUCCACCUCAGGAAAUUUUGGACUAUAAACACUUUGGGCCUUAUCUUACAUUGCCUCGCCUUCAAUUUUUAGCUAAGUUUGUCUAUGACUUCACAGUCUAGAACUGAAGAAAAACAGUAUUUAAUUCAUGUAUACUGUUAUAAAUUUUCAGUUAUGAUACAUUUUGUUGGUCUGGGACUAGUAUCUUGUCACAUAUCUGUCUAAGGUUUUGGUGAUAAAAAACAUUAUAUUAAUUCUUGGUUUGUGUCUUCAGGCCUGAGGGGUGGGAAAAAGGCCUUGUAUUGUUAAUCACCUACCUACUAAGCAAACUGCAAAAUGAAUGAGGAAAGCGGAUUACUAGGCCGGGACCUUUCCAAGGUGACAGAUGAGGAAAUGUUAUCUCACAGUAAAGAGGAUCUAGUGAGGAAACUUAGGGAAGAGGAGGCAGAGAAGAUGGCUGCCCUCAUUCAAAGAGGUCGCCUUAUUAAAGAGGUGAACCGCCAGCUUCAAGGCCAUCUAACAGAAAUACGGGAGCUAAAACAGGUCAACCAUCGACUUCAGGAAGAAAACAGGGAACUGAAAGAUCUCUGCUGCUUUUUGGAUGAUGAUCGAUUAAAGAGCAAGAAGCUGGCUAGUGAAUGGCAACUAUUUGGUUAUCAUGCAGCCAAGGUAUUGAGGGAGGACCUUGGCGGAUACCUUAAGAAGCUUUCUGAGCUCGAGAGGCGUCAAGAAGAGCUCAUAAGGGAAAACUCCUGCUUAUCUGAGGUGUUUCUUGCCCUGGAAGAAGAUGGUGCCCCUAUAAGGCAUCAUGCAAGCCCUGUGGCUUCAUCAGAGUUGAGUCUUUUACCUUGUGGGCCACGAGACUUAGGAGAUGGGAGCUCUAGUACGGGCAGUGUGGGGAGCCCAGACCAGCUCCAUGUUGUUUGCUCACCUGAUGACUGAAAGGGGGUGGGUUUCUGAAAAUGUUGAAUGUAUAUAAUUAAGGGGAGGGUGUAAUGUUUGUUGUUUAAAAUUGAAAUUGAGGGAAGAGGGUGACAUUGGCUACUGAUUUGGGUGGGGGGAGAACAGGUGGUUGAGAAUGGAAUCUCAUAACUCUUCCUUAUGUUUCCUAAUGCAUAUAUAUAUAUAUAUUCACACUCUCACACACUUGGAAAAUGCAUUCACUCAACAGUCUUUUCCCACUUUUUUCUUGUUCAUUAAACUCACCCCAUCUCACAAUUUAAAUAUGUAUAUAUAUAUAUACACAUAUAUAUAUAUAUAUAUUUAUAUAUACACACACACAUACACACACACACACACACACAAUUAUACACACACCAAGAAGAUAGCUCAGUAUCCUUACCUUUCACUCAUCUCUGUAAAUAUUAAAGUGAAGAUAGUGAAGGACUUUAAAGUUCCACACCUCUUAUUACUUUUAGUAUGUACACAGGUGAGAAAUAGGUCAGUCUCUGUCCCACUAACCCCUAUGUAUAUAACAAGAGCCUAUUCUCUUCCCCAAUCAUUGAUUUGUAUAUAUACAGGCGAGAGGUAGCUUAGACCUCCCCCAAAUAAUCCCAACUGUAUAUAUACAAGUGAGAGAUGACUUAGUCUCUGUCCCAUUCACUACUCAUUGUAUAUAGUAAAGUGAGGGAUAUCCGAGUCCCUGCACUCAUUCACUAUCUGUAUAUACAAGUUGUAUAUGUUGGUGAGAGAGCUCAGCCUCGGCACCUAUUAAACAUAGUCAAAUAAAUAUAUAUUUGGAAAUUUAUGAAUGUGUUAGACAGACUUUGAUUCAGAUUACUUAAAACCACACGUACGUCAUAAAGAUAAAGUGUCACCUACAUACUCGUCUUACUGUCAUACACAUAAUUGUCACACCCUUUUCCUUUCUCUAUUGUUUAGUUUUUGUAUUCAUGCUUAUUAAUAGUAACACAGGAAAUACAGAGACCCUAGACUGGCUGACUGUGCUGAAGCUGCCUGCGUGUAUUGCAAACUAUUUUGUGCACUGAAUUGCAUGAGUGCAUAGAUUGCCACUAUACAAUACUCUGCCUGCAACAGAGACUGUCCAUGUACACUACACUACACUACUUACAUUACACUGCCUGCAAGCAGGGACUGACUGUAUGCACUACACUGCCUGGUUGCAAAGACUGGUCUGAAGAGUCUGAUCAUGUACAUAACACUAACUGCAAGCAGAGACUGACCAAUGACACCACACUGUCUGUAAGCAGAAUCUGGCAGUGUACACUAUACUGUGUAUAGUGAAAUAGGCAGUGCAUUACACCGACUAAAAGGGGAGAUUCAUUUUACACUACAUUGCCUGAUACAGGAGACUGUCAGCAUACACUAACCAUAUUUAACAAAAAUUUACAGUAUACUAUACCACCCAUAUACAACUGACAGUAUACAUAACACUGUCUACAAGAAGGGUCAGACAGUAUGUGCUAAAGUGCUUGCAAGCAGAUAUGACAAUGUUCACUACAAUGUCUGCAAGUAGAAAGUGACAAUAUAUACCACACUGCCUGUAAGUAGAAAUUGACAGUGUACACGUCAGUGUUCAUAAUGGGAGACUGAUAAUAUACACAAUACUGCCUGCAAGUGUUAUCUGACAAUAUAUACUUCACUGUCUUCAAGAGGUAUUUGACGAUGUACACUACACUGCCUGCAAGACAUUAGUGACAGUAUAGGCUAUGCAGCAUACAAGCAAAAACUGACAUUGUACACUACAGUGCCUGCAACGUGAACCUGACAGUAUGCACUACAUUGCCUGCAAGCAGAUCAACUAUAUACAUAAAUAUACCUGUUCAAAGACAAAACAUAUACACUAUUCUUACUGCAAGCAGACUGAUUGUAUGCAUUACGCUUGCUGUAAGCAGACUGACUGUAUACACUAUGCUAAUUGUACCCAGACUGGCUGUAAAUGCUACAUUAAUGGGAUUGCUGACUAAACCAAGAUUUUGGAGAAUUGACAGUAGAAUUUAUACAAAACCAGCUGAAUCGGAUCAUAUUUAUACAUUUUAGCCUAUUUGCAAUUCCCUGGCCAAUUCUUUACAAUUUCCGGUGUAGGGAAUAACUCCCAAUACCAUACAUCGUAGGGGCAAAUUUGUGAUUGUGUACUUGCACACAAGUAUGUUGUAAGCAUAACUGAAGGGCCCAAACUGCAAAAACUAUGUAAAAUUUUCAAUAGGAUUGGUCAUAAAUCACUGUCAUAAUUAUUUACUAAACCAAGAACUAUCAAUAAUUCUCAUUGGAUAUGCAAAUUAAGGUGAGAAUGGUGGGAUUAGAAAAAAGCUAUCUCACCAAUUAUAUUUUAGCAUAAAAGCUGCAAUUCCAUUUUGUAGCGUUAAAUGAACACUCUAACUGUAAAAAAUACAUAUUUUUGACAUGAGAGUGUUCUUUUUUAUUUUAAAUGAUUGGCUCUCCUUUGUUAUAAAAAGACAUUGAAGUGUUGGACUGACCUGUCAUCCAACACAGGGACAGUCUCCAUGCGGCAACUCGAUCUGACCACAGUAAGAUCGUCCCUGGUGCAUUCCAAUGCUUCUAAUAGAGAAGCAUUGCGGAACCUAUGGCUCAAACGCAGUUGUCGCACUAUGCCAAUCCAUUACUUCUCAUGUAGAAGCAACGGUGUCUAUUGCUUCUCUAUGAGAAGCAUUAGCAGUGUUUGGCAUCUUUAUGCUGUGCGUGAUAAUGUUGAACAUGGAGAGCUUUCAAAAAUCAAAGGUCUUAAGGAGAAAGUGCCUCUAGUGGCUGUUUGAAAGCCCCUAGAGAAAUGUUUUGGGCUAAAUGUAAACAUUUGCUUUUUUUCAGAAAUAGCAAUUUAUUGCAUUGUCAGACAAAGGGUCUGCAUCACUACACCAAAACCACUACAUACAUAUGUAGUGGUUUUGGUGCUUAGAGUAUCCCUUUACUAGUAUAAUGAAUAACAAUUGAAUGUGAUUAUUUCCUUGGCAGUAAGCAGGGGUGAAUUAAAAUUGAAUUUGAAGAUUUGAGGCCCAAAUUAACCAGUUUGGGAACUUUGUUGUUUUGGCUCACAAAUUCAGUUUUUAACUCGCAACAAUUCAUUGUUAGUGUAUAAACCCCUAUGCUACUAUCAGUGCCCCAAAUACCAUCAAUUCAGCACUGAUUACAUCUCAAUUACUCACAUGCAUUCGAACAUAAAAUGUUAUUUUAAAUGCAAGUGUAUGAAGCUCUCAGAACCAAAUACGGUUGUUUUAUGAUUUUAAAAUAAAACUCCAUGUAAUGAGCAAUUAGUUAAAAAAAAAAAAAAUUAAAUAUUAAUUAUACUAAAGAAUUGAAAUAAGAUGAUGAUAUGUACAAAUGCAAAAUGAACCACUUGGGAUCAUGUAGAUAUUCAAAAAGUAUCUCUAUGUAAAGUUUUUAUUAAAAAUUAUGUGUGAUCAUAUGCCUUUAUCAUUGUGAAGAAGGGCUUUUUCAUUUUGCCAUAAUGACCUCUGAGAGGUGUUUCUGAGGGUGCUUUCAUGAUUACUGUGCAAUCAUGCUUAGAAAUGGCCUUUAAUAAAUUAUGAUUAUGGUGCAAUCUUGCUCAGAAAUGGCCAUUAGUAAGUUUGAAGCGGAUUCCUAUUUCCAUAUUAUUAUAAAAACAGUGCUGAAAGAUAUAUUUAAUGCUGCAUGCUAAAGAAAAAGCCCCCUUGCAUGCAGAUGUUUUAUGUGUCUACACCUAUCCAAC